AUGGAAAUAGUGGGAGUCCUCUUGGAACUGUACUAUUCUGCGGAGCUCAAAUUGAACCUGAAGUUCGAGAUCGAGGUGCUUUACAAAGACAUUAAGCUCGACUUCAAGAAGCUCGAACCUGCUACGGUCAUUCGAGACCAGCCGCAGACAGAAGACGAUGUGGCAAACAUACCUGCACUCCCGGACGACCUGGAAACCCUUGACGGCAUGUCUUUGAAUGGCGCCAUAAACCGGGCUGUCCGCGAACGUCUUUCCGGCCCCGAGACCAUGGCCACUCUUCCAAAUUUAGAGGACGUGCUCAAGUAUCCUCCCACAUCUGGCUCCCCCGCAGAUCAAGCAAUGGUGAAGAGCAUCAUCUACCGCGCUUUCGACCUUUACCCAUAG